AUGUUUGGCGUCCCUCGUGACUGCACCACGCUGCACUUCGCCGGCCACGGACAGACCAGGGAGAUGGUUAACCAAGUGGUGUAUCUCUUCAUCUUUGCUCUCUUGAUGCCUGAUCGCGUUGUCUACACCCGCGACCGCCUUUUUGCCCUGCGGAGAAUGGCCUCCACACCCGCAGAGUGGCCUUCUGUUCCCGAGGAACUGAGAAGGAGGCAUCGCAGUGGAUGCAGAGAGGAAGAGGAGAUCCUCAUGGAGGUUUCUAUUUUCCACAAGCACAUCGUAGGGACCAUCAUCGGCCGAUCGAGCAACUCACUGCCCAAAUCCAGCCUCUUCCUGCCCCAUCAGUCCUGCACCAUCAGAAGGCUACUAGAGAAGCAACUCUUUGUAAAAGCUGAGAAGUGUGGGUUUCACACUGUGUCCUUUGUGGGGUUUGUCAUCAUCCCUGCAACCUGCGUCGUGGAAGCAGUCACCUGGGGAAUCGAGCAGCAGGACAUAAACAUGUUCAACAGCAGACACCCCAGCCUUAGCAAAAGAGGAGGAAUAUGGGGAUUGUGCAUCCUCUUGCUUUACACCAGCCCUCUUUCCUGUUUUGCAAAUUUCAGCCAAGCAAAAGAGCUCAUCUAUAAGAUAAAGGAGGGAUUACCCAGGGGGACCUUCAUAGGGGCCAUUGGAGUAGACUUAAAUUUGGAUUUCACUGUUGAGCCCCCCUUUUUAUUCAGUCUCUCGCAAAAGAAGGUCAGUGAACAGUAUGUGAACCUAAAUAAUACGACGGGGGAGCUUCACACAUCUGCUACAGAGAUUGACAGAGAGACCCUCUGUCCUGAUAACGCAGAGGGACAGGGAUGUGUCCUCUCACUGGAUGUGUUUGUGUUGCCUCAGCAGUACUUUCAGCUCAUAAAAGUUAAGAUUUUAAUUGAGGAUGUGAACGACAACAGGCCAAAGUUCCCCGUGGAUGAGAUCUGUAUGUCUGUCCCCGAAAACACUCCCGUCAACGCUCGUUAUGCAGUGGAGCAGUCUGCAGUUGACCCGGACCUGGGUGUUCACGGAGUGCAGACCUACUGGCUGGUUAACGACUUUGGCGUGUUCACACUGGAUGUUGAGGAGAAUGAGGGAGGAGAGCUCACACCCUUCCUCAUUGUGACAGAGGCCUUGGACAGAGAGACACAGGCUGAAUACAUUACAGAUAUCAUUGCAGAGGAUGGAGGGACCCCUCCUCUACUCGGCGCAGCUACUUUAAAAAUUGUCAUCACAGAUGUGAACGAUAACUGCCCCCAAUUCACAGAGUCACAAAUUAAUGUCACUCUGCAUGGGAAUGCUACCAAAGGGGCACAUUUGGCACGUUUGCAUGCUUUUGACCCUGACCUUGGUGCUAAUGCUCAGAUCAGCUACGCUUACAGUGAACGUGUGCCAAGGGACACCAGGAGCUUGUUCCAUUUGGACAGAAUCACUGGGGUGAUCAAGCUAGCAGGGAAAAUAAACACUGUCACAGCCACAUUUUACAAACUCACCGCUCUGGCUAACGGGCCUGGUUGUAUCCCUGCUGUUGCCACUGUUACUUUCCAUAUCAUCAAAGUUGUCACUGGACCCCCUGCUGUCAUACCUCGGUACAUUGCACCAGAAAAGGAUGGGGUAGUCACUAUAAAGGAGUCUGAGCCAGCCUUUUCUCCAAUUGCUUUUUUUACUGUUAAAAACAUUGAUAUGAACCAAAGGGUGGACUGUUAUUUGGAAGGGACUGGUCCCUUCAGGCUUGGUCCCUAUCAGCUGUUCAAGAAUGAAUACCUGCUGGAGACUACAGAGCCCUUGGACUAUGAAAAGAUACAGGAAUAUGAGCUAAUUGUGGUUGCUAAGAAUACUCAAGGACUUGUCAUCAAGACAUUCCUCAAGGUGCAGGUGUUGGAUGAGAAUGAUAACGCACCAGUGUUUCAGCAGUCUCUGUUGGAAAUAUCUGUUGAGGAAAACAAUCCACCGAACACUUUUCUAACCCAGCUCCAAGCCUCGGACCAGGACAGCGAAAGCCGAGGGGAAGUCAUCUACCUCCUUGGAGGUGACGCCCCCGGGAUCUUUGUUGUGGAUCGUGUGACAGGUGUCCUGACUGUGGCCACAUCACUGGACCGUGAGGAGAAAGAGACAUACCGGUUCAUAGUGAGAGCAGUGGAUCAGGGGACACCCAGGAGGGAGUCAAUUGCAACUGUGGUGGUGAGCGUGCAAGACCGCAAUGACAACAGUCCCCGCUUCAUCAAUAAAGACUUUACUUUCUUCGUGCCAGAGAACUUCCCAGGGUACGGUGAGAUCGGUGUUCUCUCUGUGACGGAUGCUGAUGCUGGGGAAAAUGGCUGGGUGGCCCUUUCCAUCCUCAACGGCAGCGACAUCUUCAUGAUCGACACAGGGCGGGGGGCGCUGAGGGCCAAGACAUCACUGGACCGUGAGCAACAAGGGACAUACCAGCUGUGGAUUGAGGCCAUCGAUGGUGGGGAGCCCACGCUUUCCUGUGUUACCAUGGUGACCGUGCUGUUGUUGGAUGUAAAUGACAACCCGCCUAUUGUCCUCUUCCCUCAGUCCAAUCAGUCCUACAUGCUAGUGCUACCCAAUACGUUACCAGGAACAUCAAUCACAGAGGUGUACGCUGUGGAUAAAGAUACAGGCAUGAAUGCUGUGAUCGCCUAUAGUAUCAUUAAGAGGAAAGGUGGCGAACCGGGGUCAUUUGCCAUAGACCCAGAAACAGGAAAUAUCACAUUAAAGAGGGAACUCAGCAACCGGGGCCUCUACAGCCUUCUGGUGAAGGUCAGUGAUCAUGGUCAGCCUGAGCCACUUUACUCAACUGUCAUGGUUAACUUCUUUGUCAAUGAAACAGUGAGCAAUGAGAGUUACAUCCAGAGCCUGCUGACCAGAGAGGCUGACAUAGAGAUAGAGGAGAGGCCCUGGUACACUGGCCAAAUGACAGAGGGGCCGGAGAGGUAUGAGCUCUUCCCCUGUCAGCCUGUCCUCAUUGCUCUUUCAGUGACAUGUCUGGGGCUUUUUUUCUUGGUUGUUACACUGACAUCUUACAUAUGCUGUAAGAGGUUUAAAAAGCACAGAAAGAAAAGAUCAGAAGUGGAAAUACCUUUAAAAAUGAAGGAUGACUCAAUGCAGGUUGUGAACCGAAAGCUCAGGCAGAUCUCAAACAUCUAA